AUGAAUUUCAAUAUGGGUUUUAACGGACAACCUCCUCACCAACAACCACCCCAAAUGAAUGUGAAUAUGGGAUUCGGAAUGCAACCACCUAUGCAACCUGGUGUUGGUAUGAGCGUUGGUUUUGAUUCCAAUGGAAUGGGUAUGGGUGUUAAUAUGAAUAUGGGAAUGCCCAUGAUGGGAAUGAAUGUUGGAAUGAAUGUACCUCCACCUCAACAACAACCACAAAUGUAUAUGAACACCACUUCCUAUCAACCACCUCAACAACAUGUGAGCUUUACUACCACCACUACAACCACUUCGGGAUCAUCCAACUUGGGUAAGCAAAUCCUUGCUGCUGUGCAAGGAGCUUCCUUUGAUAGCGAUAAGGUUAAGGCUGUUCAAACCUAUUCAUCCUCUCAAUUCGGACCUGUAUUCGCUCACGAAAUUGUAUCCAUUUUGCAAGCCUUUGGAUUUGACAAUGAUAAGAUUAAGGCUUUGACUCAACUGAAAUCGACCAAUAAUGUGGCAACCAUGACUUGCUCCGAUGCUGCUAAUAUUCUCUCAUGCUUUGGAUUUGAUAAUGAUAAGAUGAAGGCUCUCGAGUUGAUUGCUAGUCACAUCUAUGAUCGUAUGCAAAAUGCUGAAACUGUGGUGAGCAAGUUUGGUUUCUCGAACGAUCAAAACAAAGCCAGACAAGUGUUGAUGAAGUAA